AUGUCUCAUCCCCCAAUCACACUUCUACCCAUCGCCGGCCGACCCAAGAAUCAGAGCAUGCCCACUCCGACCUUCUUCUUUAACCCCGCACCACACUCCAUCAGCAAACCGAAAUACAAAACCAUUCCAACUGACCGCAGCAAUCCCACUUUCAACCUCCUCCCUCCCCACCACUCUGGGCAAAACGAGCGCGUCCACGCACACGCUGAGCCCGCUGGUGCACUCGCCUACGUCGCUGAAGGCUACUACGCAGACUAG